AUGAUGGCAGGAUUUUCGAGGAUGCAAGUAGCUAUGAUGCCUGGCCAGUCCCCGUCCUCAACCCUGAACAAUGGCAAUGCCUCGACACCAGAUCCACCGGUCUCAUCCUCUGCCUCCUCAUCGGACGCCGAUCGUUUACGUGCUUCAAUGGAAGCUUGGAAGCGAACCGCUGCUAUAGCUAGUGAGAGAUAUAGUGAAGCGAGGCAGAGACAAAUUGCAGCUGAGCGGGAAGAUCGACAUGAGCUUCGCAAAAGAUGGCUCGAAGAAGAAGCGAAAAAGCGAGCAGAAAGUGUGGGUAAGCAGAAAGAUGGUUUGAGCGGUGGCAAUGUGUCGUCAAAUAUGCCUCCCGACAGGAAACGUCACCUUGAUAAUAACGACUACGGUCACGAGGAGUGGAGGCAAGGUUUUCGCAUGAUGGAGGGAUCAGGUAUGCCUGAGAUAUCGAAAGCAUCUGCUGAUAUGUACGGUAACAUGGGCUACCAUACUCCUAAUGGAAGUUUUUACCCAGGAAUGAUGAUGCAUGAAAUGCAGCAGCAGGGUAAAGGAGUGAUGGUCGGAUUCUCCAGCCCAGUGUUUCCAAAUGGUACUUCCUACCCGCCUGGAUCGUAUCCACCUAAUGGGGGACUUCCCGCUGCGAAUGGACAUUUCCCUUCUUCCAAGUCGGCACCAAGCUUUCGUGGGAACUCGUUUCCAACGUCACAGACGGUGUCCUCAUCUGUGGCUUGUUCUCCGAUGCCGUCAACGUCCACUGCCGAUGCAUCGACGUUGGGUCAACGCUUUCCUUCGAUGGAAUCCUUCAAUUUACCCAUCUCACUGGACUCAACACCAGUAUUCAAGCAACAGGCGCACAAAGGCCAUUAUAUACCUUCCGGAUUAACUCCAUACAGUUGGUGGGAUGCCGCCCAAGUCACUUCGAUGUUGCCCGACGUGCCAACUCCUCCAGCGCUUGCGAAUUUCCGCAGCAGUGUACCGCUAGGGAAUUCGGUGUGCUAG